CUUCUCGCUCUCUAGUCAGUCAGUCCUAAAUUGAGUUUACUUGAGUGCUGACAGACGAGUAUAGCAGCCUGUGGCUUUAGAUAGGGGCAUAGGUGCAGUAAAAGAAGGGCCUUUCGGAAGGAAAUUUUUCGCAUCGUACAGUUGACAUCGAGACGUUUGCACGCACUCUUUCCAGACAGUGACGAUGAACGGGACUCGCGUCUCUACCUUUAACUGUUAAAAGAGAUUUCGGGAACGAGAAGGAACAACGCGUCAAACUGACAAAUGGCAACAAAAUACCAAAGCACUCGACGAGCACGAGUACUUUUAGUCUCGUUCCUGUAGUUGUCUUGAUCUGACAACGUCGUUUUAAUUCGUAGCGAGCUUUAUGCGCCGUGGCACUGACAGCUCUUUUGUCACUACAGCGACUUGCUGCUUGUGAUGAUUGCGUGCGGUGACGUUGAGGCGCUUUGUCCGUGGCUACUGGUGAAGUGCGCUGGAGAGAUAUAGUUGAAUUACAUCAGUGCACCAAGUCGCUGGGAGUGCGACAGAGAGAAAGAACACAGUGGGAUCUGAGUGAAUGGGUGAGGUUCAAGUUUCAAGUUCAAGUUUUGCACUAGUCGUUCGAGGAGCGUUAGAGCACUAUUUAGAGUAGAGACGCAUUCAUGGAAUGCGACUGUGACCGCGUCCCACUGCCUAUCUAACUUUGAACUAGUGAGCAAAGGGGAGCGACGAUAGAGACGAUGGCAGAGACAACCCUGGAGCCGUUCUCUGAUCUGGACGUUGCCAUUGAUCCGGAUUUUGAGCCGCAAAAACGGCCGAGAUCAUGCACUUGGCCACUGCCGGAGUCCAGCUCGGCGAAGCCCGCGUCCAAUGACACUGACAUAAUUCCCGAGGAAGAGGACGAUGAGGAUGACAGCGCGAUGGCGAUCAACGCCAAUGGUGUUGUUGAAGGAGAGGACACCGGCAGUCCGAGCCUGUCCGAUGGACUGCAUGCAAGCGGGCAGGACAACACGGGCUCUCCGCUGUCCUCCCAGCUGGGUUCAGCGACCGCGGCGAGCCCGGGGGCGAGCGGCCAGGGCAGCCAACAGCAAACCCCACGGAAGACCUCCUCGCGGAGGAACGCCUGGGGCAACCUGUCAUACGCAGACCUCAUUACUAAAGCCAUAGAAAGCGACCCAGACAAAAGACUGACACUGUCUCAGAUUUACGACUGGAUGGUCAGAAGCGUCCCGUACUUUAAAGACAAAGGCGACAGCAACAGCUCCGCUGGUUGGAAGAACUCCAUCCGACAUAACCUGUCCUUGCAUAGUCGUUUCAUCCGGGUACAGAAUGAGGGAACUGGGAAGAGCUCCUGGUGGAUGAUCAAUCCUGAAGGGGGGCGGGGAGGCAAAGCACCAAGGCGACGUGCAGUCUCCAUGGACAAUGGUAACAAAUACACCAAGAGCGCACGUGGGCGAGCGGCCAAGAAAAAGGCAGCACUGCAGGCUGCCCAAGAGGGUUCGCUGGAGAAUGUGUCUGGUGGUGGUGACCUGUCGAAAUGGCCAGGAAGUCCCACUUCCCGCAGCAGCGAUGAACUGGAAUCCUGUUGGACUGACUUCCGCUCACGAACCAACUCCAAUGCUAGCACCUUGAGUGGACGACUGUCACCUAUUCUAGCUAAUCCAGAGCUUGAUGAUGUCCCGGAUGGCCCGCCUCUCUCCCCAAUGCUCUACUCCAGCCCCAGCAGCCUCUCUCCACCUUCGUCCUCCUCAUCAAACUCCAAAACUUGCCCGGCUGAACUUCCGGGACUUGCUGACCUGACUGGCACAAUAAAUCUCAAUGAGGCUGACAACCUAAUGGAUGGUUUGUUGAACAACAUCACCACACAAGGCCAGGUAGUUCAAGGGGGUUCUGCUUUUAGUUUUGGCUCCAAAACCACCACCUCUUCUCCAAGCUCCAUUUCCACUUCUCAAACUGUGGGCAACAACAGUGCAGGAUUCAGUAACCCCAUUUUCGGACCUUCAACUGGAGGACUACGUCAGACACCAAUGCAGACCAUCCAGGAAAACAAGCAAACAUCAUUUUCUAGCAUUACGUGUUUUGGGAACUCACUUCAAGAGCUCCUGAAUUCUGAUUCAUUGGGCUCUCACAGUCAUAGCGAUGUCAUGAUGACACAGUCGGACCCGCUCAUAUCACAGACCAGUGCUGCCGUCACCUCUCAAAACUCCCGCCUUCGCAAUGGCCUCAUGCUCCGUAAUGACCCGAUGAUGUCAUCGUUUAGUUCGGUGGUAAAUGGACGAAGCAGUCACCUCCAGAAUAAGCAACACCAUCAGGGGUCCAGCGUACAAGGUUCUUUGCGCUCUCUCUCCAACAACAGGGUUCAAAGUCUAGCUAAUGAUGCUAAUAACUUAGUCUCUGCAAAGCAGCACCUCCAGCCACAGUCCACUAUGUUGAUGACACAGACUUCACUUUACUCCGGGCUGAAUGGAGGUAAUGGGAUAGGGAUCUGUAACCCGUCAGGAACAGACCGUUUUCCUUCGGACUUGGACCUGGACAUAUUUAACGGGAGUCUGGAUUGUGAUGUGGAUUCUAUAAUUCGUACAGAACUAAUGGAGUCUGAUGGACUGGAUUUUAACUUUGAUGCAUUGGUGCAAAAUGCUGUUAGCCUGAAUCCUGUGGGAAACUUCACCGGGACAAAGCAGUCCAAUCAAAGUUGGGUGCCUGGCUGACAGCAUUUAUAUAGGUGAGCCAAAAUGUCAUGUAGAAAUCAAAAUACAAAUGACUAAUACAAGAAUAAGAAUGUUGUGUUUUAUUAUACAUGACAUGUUGGAUCUAAUACAAUUAGUAUUGGUUUUUUAUUACAUUCAUUUAUUAUCUAGGCUCACAACAGCAGACAAACAACAAAUAAAAGAAUAAUGAACAUCCUGCAAAAAAUCCACCAGACUUGAAGUAUCCUUGCCAAGUUUGCUGUCUGCAGCAAGUACUGGAUGAAUCUGACGACUACGACAUCAUCAAAAUGUUUACCUUCAAUUCAGCAGAGCCAGAUUAUAACAAAAGACUGCCCAAUGGACACACAAACAAUCUUAUGGUGAACUCACAGUUCAUGCAACAUUAUGCAAUGAUAAAAAUGAAACAAUUGUUAGUGAUAAAAAGUGAAACUGAGGUCUGUUGUAGCUUUUCUGUCCUAGUUUAGUUUCCUCUAUAGUCUUUCUCUGUUUUCCUAACACUUUUGUUAAAUGAUUGGCUGUUUUUGUCAUCGUCUAAGCACUAAUUUUGUCAUUGUUCAAUCUAAAUAAUACAACUAAAGGUCAGCAAAUAAUCUGGAAAAUUUCAGUAUCUAGACAAAGUGCACUUUGCUUUCAUUUUUAUCGCAUUGUUACCAUACAAAGUUAGCUUCAAAUUUGAAAUAUAGUUGCCUCAUAACAAUAAUGAAAUAAUCAAAUUGUCUGUGGCUGAUUUUAACUGUAUAAUGAUGAGUAAUUAAUUCGUGUGCAUCUAUAACCAUACAAAAAAUGGCAAGAUUUAAAGCUUGGCAGGGUGGAGGCAUUUUAUUUAUUGGUUUUCGCAUAUAAAUGUAGCCAAAAGUAUAAAUUAAUAAAAUAAAAUAUUUACUUGCAUUGUGGACAUUUCCAUGCCAUACCAGGUGCUAAAUUAUCAGUGUUAAGCCCUGUCCUUUAUUAAGGCCUUUUAUGUUUUCCUGGCCACAAGGACAUAGCAUAAAUGAUUAGCGGUAGCAAUUAGAAUAAUGGCAGCAUUCAAUGGUGGAUGGGACUUUCCUCUGGAAGCCAACUUUACUGAGCAAAAACAAUAAGCUAUCUUUUGUAUAUUUGCCAAAUUACUUGAAAAUGUAGAAGAUGCUGGCAGCCAAAAUCACAAAACAAAGUGAGAUCAGGGGACUUUUCUGUCCUUAUAUGCAACAUGCAUCACUUGCUCAGGGGAGAGUGGGGGCUCCAUUACAACAUCAGAGCCUCAUCUUGAAUUAACUGCAUCCUGGCUGUGUACAAUUAAAACGUUUUAUGAACAUUUGUUCAUAAAUGUCAAGAGAUGAAUCCAUCCUGUGUUGUUUAAUGAUGUCUUUACUGGGGGGGGAGGGUAUUGUCACUGUAUUAAACUUUGUUUUGUUCCAUUGUUCAAUUAUCACAAAACAUGAUGUACAAAUCUUAAUGUUUGGUGUACCUGACCCUUCACUGCAUACGUUCAUGUAUGCAUGCAUGUAAAUGUACAUAUGCAUCAUGUAAAAUGCAUAUCUAUGUAUACAUCCUGCUAUACUUAUGUCAUGUAGUAAUAAUACAGAUAAAUCUUUUGGAGUCCAUGUAUUAAGCUAAACUAUGUAAUUGUUAGAUGGGUACAAUUACCAUAGCAGUGGUGUCAAACUUAAUUUGUGUCGUGGGAUCAGAUUAUCAUCAUAUUCAUUCUAGUUUUCAGACACACGCUGUACCAGUGAUAUCCACAAUGCGGCAAAUUCAUUGGCCUGAAAACCACCCCUAUAAAACAGCUUACCAUGUAAAUUGAUUCAAAAAUUCAAAAUAUUGUCAUUGUCCCCAAACCUGGCUUGCAUGUAUUCUUACACCUCCUUUUAUGGGAAUAAACCUAUUUUAAAGACAUCUGACACAGAGACCUGUCUUCCCAUUUACUAGUUACAUCUUUAAACAUUUCAGGUGUUUAUUUACUAUUUCCAUAGUGAUAAUCUGCAUAUACCACUAUUCCCACAUUUUACCACCCUGACCGUAGCCUUCUUUCCUCCCUCAUCUCCUUCAUAAAACCUUUGCUGUUUUACCUCUUUAUCUUAUAGUCAUAUGGCUUCUCUACUAGAUGUUUGUGAGUAUUUUUUCCUGUGUACUCCAUUUGAAUUGUAAUCUAGUUUGUAUAAGAAAUGGUGCGCAUGUAAAUAAAGCUUGAUUAAGCUAUAUGUCUAAAUUCUUUGAAAAUUCAUUUAAACUCUAAAAGUUACAGUUU